UGGGAGUCAACGUUACAAGAGACGAUCUUAAAUGGAGUUAGUUCUAGGCUUCACCUACCUAGUACGGCAUCUCCUUGGAGUAUAGUCGGUGACCAGGACUAGUAUCUCACGAUGUGUCUUAGGUCCGAAAGCGACUUUCAAGUUCCUACUGGGGCUUAAAAAUCCGCGUAUAAAGACACUGGGGAGCCCUGCGCGUUCACGAUGACAUCUCUUAUGAAUCGCGACGACAUCCCCCUUGCCAAAUUCAUCGAUCAGGGUUAAACUCACUCGCGUUCACAAUGAGGUCUCUACUCCUAACUCUUUCCGUGGCUACCGCCAUCAGCGCCAUCCCCGAUGUUACCGUCGUUCCUAAGGAGCUUUCUUGUAGCAACUGGCCCUUCUUUCGACAAACAUCCAGCGUUGCUGGCCCGUUCAACAUCUUUGCCGACUCAACAGGCAAGGACAUUGACGGCAACAAAGCUAGCUAUACCGCCAUAUCUGAUGUUACAAUUGCCUCUGCUUGGUUGGGCAUAAGCAACAUCAAGGAUGUAGCUGUUCCUCAAAUUCAGUGCCAGGCGUUCGGCAGCGCAGAGAUGUUAGCCGUGAGCUUGAACGGCCAAUUCCAGCCCCUCAGCAUAUCAGAGUACAUUUAUCACGAGUAUGACGGUUUAAUCUUCGCGAAGACUGUGGCUCGGGGCGCUCCCAUCGAACCUCACUGGCAUUACUACCCUAACGGCACGCGGCAGGAUGGCACGUUUUUGGGGUGGAAUAACUUCACGACGUGGGCGUACUUACUCGAUGAAGCGUCUCAAAAGUACCGAAUCCGCCUCUUGACAGACACGUCUCAGAAGCUUUUAGACGGAGAGUUUACCGGCUUCGUGCGAGCUGGUUUUCCAGGUCUGUCCAACUAA